CUUACAGACUCAGGACCUGUUGAAGGGGAGUUCACGCUUUAACUGUAGUUUCCCCUCUAAGUGUUAUUUCUGCAUUACAGCUACUCAGUAACGUGACGUGCGUUUGUUGGACAGUAGAUUAACGCUAGUCCCAGUCUACAGGGGAAGUGCUCGCGCUCUGCUGCACUCGUCAGGGCGCUGCACCGGUUUCUGCGUGCAGCUCUCUGUGCUCCCAUGACAUUGGUCAGAAAAGUAGGAGGAUCCGGAGUCUAGUCCACAACAGAACAGCGAUCCACGGCUGGUUAGACGCUACGUUGUCCUCUGUGUCCUGGCGUUUGCGUGGGUUAUUCACAGCCGUUUAACGUUAAUCGGAGGAGGCGCGCGUCAAGUGCAGGCGUGUCGGUCCUGGGACGGGCGACGUGCGCGUUUCCACCCUCAGACCGGGUGUGAAAGUGCCUUCACGUGCGCAGUUAACCAUCUUGUUUCACGGCUGAGUGACAUGUCGCGCUGAGGAGCCGCUCUCGCUUUCGAUAGCGGACGAUGAGUGGGUGAAGCGAGCGGACCCGCGUCAGACAUGGAGGCACCGGAGCCGCAGCCGGACGGCAAAGGCGCGGACGGCUGCUUCGGCAGGACGCACGCGUCCCUCACCGUCAGCGACGUGUACGAAAUAGCCAAGCUGGUCGGCGCCGAGGUGGAGAAGCUCAUCGACGGCUACGGGAAGGACUCGGUGAUCGGGCUGGUGCCGAAGAUAGUGAAGGUGCUGGAGCUGCUGGAGAGCUUCGCCUCCAGGAACCACGCGCACAAACUGCGCGAGGAGGAGCUGCUCAGGACGUUCGAGACCAUACAGCUGCAGCAGAGGAAGCGCGGGGCUAAAGACGGCGACGACGCCAGCGAUAAGAAUGACGCACGGGAGCUGCAGCAGAAGGAGCAGCAGUGGAGGAGGAGGUGUGAGGAGCUGCAGGACCAGGUCCAGCGGCUGCAGGAGGACAGGGAGGAGCUGCAGAGCAGGCUCAAGGGCAGCCACGCACAAGAAGACCAAAUCCAGCACCAGCAACGAGAGGUGAUGCUGAAGCUGAAGCAGGUGGUGGACAAGCAGAGAGACGAUCUGAGGGCCAAAGUCCAGGAGAUAACCACCAUUUCCAGAGAAGUGGAAGCUUUCCAGGAGCAGUUGGAUCGCUUCAUGAAGAUGAAUGCUGAGCUACGGCACAAGCAGAACGUGCUGCAGGCUCAGCUGAAGAGUGCCGUGGAGAGGAAGACGGACAUGGAGGCCGAUCUGAAGGAAAAAAACAAAGAGAUAGAAAAUCUCCAAGCACAACUGGACAAAAGCACCAGCAACACAGCUUUCAAUUCAAGUCAGACAGUUCAAAAAUCAACAAAAGAGACAAAGGCAGAGCAAAAAGAUCUGGACCUGCCAUGUUUCACCAAGAAGGAAGUGCGUGACAUCAUAUUUGAGAGAAACGAGCUUAAAACCAACUUGUUCCUGGUGCAAGAGGAGCUCAACUACUAUCAGAGGGAAAUUCUGAAUGAGGAGCGGUGCCCUGGUUUUCUAUUAGAAGCUGUUCGCUCUGCCAUCAGAAAAAAGAGAAAACUCAUUAAAGCCAAGAUGCUGGGAACGUCUGUGAAUCAGUGUGACAUCAGUGAUGAGGAGCAGACAGAAGUAGACGGCCCAGCAGUGGACGACACUGACAGACCGGCAGAGUCACACAUAAAAAACCUCUUCGGCUUCUUCACAUGGUCCGGCAGCAGCAGGGGUCCCACUCAGAUCAGCAACUCUGCCUCAAGCUGGGAGAUCAUCGGAGACUCAGAGGCCACAGAUCAGACGGAUCAGUCACCGUCUUCCUGAGAUGAUACUGAACGGGAACUCUUUGUUUUUAUCAUUGUCAGGUCUCAUUUUGUGACAGAAAAAUCCCAUGAAAAAUGUUUUGGCUUGAAAUGUGUGUGCGACACAAAAACACAAUCUAACUGAGAGGAAAUCCUAAAAGUGUUUAUAAGCAAUGUUUAUUUUAAUAUGUUGCUUUGUUUUAAUCAUGAAUACCGUCAUUCCUCAUAGUAAUCUCACUGCUGCCCCCUUGCUUUUCAAUAGACGUUAGAAGUAAGAGUGUUACAGUAAGUAUAACACCUUAAUCUCAUCUUAAGCAUGACUUAAUUUUGUAUAACUUUCAUUCUUCUGUCUCUUAUGUUUUAAUAUUGUCUACGCUAAAUAAUUAUUAGCCAAACACUUAUAUGUAUGAAUCCUCAAGCAGUUGAACAAAAGUAUGGAUAUUACAUAUUCACCUCUGUUCCUCUAGAGGGCACUGGUUAAUAUCUGAAGCGAUAAUAUUUUACCAGGGGCAUCAUAAUGUAACUUUUACCUCUUACCUCUUUUUAAGCCAUGUGUUCAUCCGUGUGUUAUUCGUGACCGGAAGCACUUUCACGCUAAAGGAAAAACAAAGAUUUUAUGUGUAGUACCAGUUUCCUCCAUCGGCGAGUGCAUUUUAAAAAGCCUUGUGUUAAAAAUAUAUUUUCCUACUUCACUCGUCAGUCACAGAGCUAAAGCAUCUGCCCUAAGAAGACCACUUGCUCCAGGUGUAUUUGUUUGUACAGUGUGAUCCUCCCCUGAGACCAUUCUAAAUAGUGUCUAUUUUUGUAAACAUGUUUAUUUUGGCUGAUAAAAACACAUUAAGGGUGUUAAUUGCUGUGCCAGUGGUUAAAAUGUCAUGAAACAACUUUAUAUGGAUUUGUCUAUGAUACUCAGUCUUCAAGUAAAUCCAUUAAAAAGUCCCAAAACCUGAAA